AUGGCAGAUGUGCGCUCGCUCCUGCGUAAUGAGCGCGCCUCGCGUCGCAUCAACCACCCUCACGCAAGCUACUCUGACUCGGGCAAACUGCUAUGCGCUGUCUGCAACGUCUACAUCAAGACCGAGUCGCUCUGGGAGAAUCACAUCAAAUCAUCUCAACAUGUUGCCCGGCUAGAUCACCUGCGCGCGAACCCUCCACCAGCACCCGAGACCAGGAAGCGCAAGGCUGGAGAGAGCGAUGACGAAGGCAGGAAGAGAGUUAAGGCUGUACCUGGAGGCUUUGUACCGGAAGGCUUCUUUGAUCCUGCUCAGGAGGGCGCCAACGAGGACGAGGACGAAGAAGUGAACACCACAGCACCUGCUCCGUCAAUACCAGACGCCCCUGUCGCCGAGUCGCAGCCCGUCGCUUCUGCACCACCCCCUGCGGCAGACGUGAAUGAAGAUGAGUGGGCCGCUUUCGAGCGUGAAAUGGCUGCCGCUCAAAACACCGCACUUCCUAUAAUCAGCGCAUCUGCGACCAUCUCAGCCGCCCCUGUCACAGCCGAAGAGCUAGCUGCCCAGGCUCGGGAGGAGCAAAGCGCACAGCGAACUGCAAGAGAAGCUGAGAUGGAAGCUGAUACUGAGGAUGCCGCACUUGCACUACAACAAGAGUUUGACGAGAUGGACGAGUUGGACGAAAGGGUGAGACGCUUGCGGGAAAAGAGGGAAGCCAUUCGCCUUUCCAAGCAUCAAGAAACACUACCAGAUGCUCCUGCUGCAACGUCGGACAAGCAAAUACAAAAACAUGAUGAAGAGGAGAACGAUGAUGAUGACGACGACGAAGACGAAUUUGAUGACUGGACCUUCGGCGCUAGAGACAUUCUUAUUCGUUGCCAAAUUGACGAAACGGCAAAAUGGCACUUUGUCUGUCCCGGAUCUUGUUGGAAGUCUGUUUCUGGAGGUGUGGAAGAUGCUCGUGGACUAGAGGGCAAAUAUCCGUAUUAUAAGUACGGUGGUAUGUGGAAGGACAGAAGUGCCGACGGUCCCAUCAGUGCGAAGAAACCUAGAAAGGUCAAGGAGAGGCAGAAGGAAGAAAUGAAGAAGAGGGAAGAUGAGAAGGCUACGUCUGAAUCACAUGGCUCUGAGGAAGGCAGUGAUGAGUAG